AUGAAGAACAUUUCACUGUUCUCACUGCUGUUGGCAUUGGGAUGUGUGCUCAUCCAGAGCGCACCAGUUGACCAGGAUGCCAUGGCGAUGGAGUCUUGUGAAGAUGCUUUGGCACUGGGAGCUGCAAAAGAAGCACUUACCAAGAUUAACCGUGACCGGCACGAGGGCUACAUCCUGAGCCUUCAUCGCUUAUCCAAUGCACACUCCACAAAGCAUGGUGAAACCGGUAUUGUUUUCUAUCUAACCUUGGAUGUUGUUGAGACCAACUGCAGUGUUCUCAGCAAGAAGGACUGGGAGGAAUGCGAGGCUCGCCCAACUACAAACACACCUGUAUACGGGCAGUGCAAGGCAGCGAUUUACAUGGACAGGGUAAACAGGGUGGUGCGUCUGUAUAAGUACAACUGUGUAAUUAGACCAGUUCCAACAGAAAAGGUGAUCAGUUUUUGCCCAGACUGUUCAACUAAUAUCGGUUUUGACAAUGCUGAGGUGCAGAAGACUGUCACCGAAUCUCUGGUCAAGUUCAACAAUGAUAGUGGAUUGGUCAAUCACUUCGCUCUGCUGAAUAUCACCCGAGCACAGUCAGGGAUGGGAAAGGAAAUGUAUUACCAUGUUGAAUACACCAUUCAGGAGACCACUUGCACCAAAACCAAAGACCCUGUGACAGACAAGUGUCCUAUCAUGGACUGCGAGUUUGCUCACAAGGGUUUCUGUAAGGCCUUCCACUCCCAUUCUGCCACUGAUGAAAGUGAGACCAGUGUGACAUGUGAGAUCUAUGAGCCUGAGGCUGCUGAACGAGAGAAGAAACUCCAUCUAUUGGACGGAGAGACUGAUCACAGUCACAACGACACACACCCUCACAGUGACAGUCAUGACCAAGCACAUGCGGCAGACUCGGCCCACACUCAUGACCACAUCCAUGACCACACCAAGAGUCAUGCACACCAUGAUAAAAAACACAUGCAUACUGAGGGGAGUGACCACCACCACACACACGACCAUCAUGAGGGAAGUGUCCACAAGCAUGCUCACGACCACUCCCAUGACCACGGACAUAACCAUGAUCAUGUGCACGCUCACCACGCCCAGGCCCACGAUCAUAGCAAUGACUCACCCAACCACCACCAUAACUACAAGCAUGAACCAGGUGUACACACACAUGAGCAUGACCACGAACUUGCCCUGGACCAUGACCACAAGCACGCUCACUUGCAUGAGCAUGAGCACCACCAUCAUCAUCAUACCCAUGACCAUGAGACAACAUUCCAUGACGACCCAGAGGGCAUUGUAAGGGUUUUGCCUGCUAUGGACAAAGAAAUGACCCUGGCCUCCUUCCCUGAUACACCUGCAGGUGAAGUUGGUGUUGUGUUGCCUCUUGUCCCUGAUCCACAGAUCCCUGGUCAGAUGCAACCAAUCAUUCAGCCUUUCCCCACUUCAGCUUCAUCUAAUUGUGCACCAAAAAUAGGUUUGACACUGGUGGAUAAACUGUUUGACGAAGACCCUGUGUUCAAGCUGGCCAGUUAA